CUCUUACAUGAGUAACCGAAACUGAAACGGCUUGCCUCCUAGAACCCUUAUAAAAUUUGAAAUUUGAAAACCCAAGAAAGCGUAACAGAAACCAGAGCCAUUGAUGACUUCCUCUCCUACUCUCUAUCUCAUAUGAUUUUACCCUUAUAAGUUGCAGAGAUUCUAGCCUUCUCUCAAAUCUCAUCAUUUGUUCAGGUUUCUUCUCUUUGAAAACUCUUUCUCAAAGAGACAUUUCCCGAUAAAAGAUUAAAGCUUUAGACUGUUAUUUCUCCGCCAAGAUCAUCAAUUUCUUCAAGGUUUCUAGUUGGAGAGAGAAGCAACAACUACUACAAUUUAAUCGAUCUUUCCUUGUUGAUCGAUUUUUGUGGUGGGUAUUUAUAGACUGCAAAAUGAAUGAUUUAAUGACUAAAUCAUUCCUCAACUACGUAGAACUCAAGAAACAAGCCAUGAAAGAUCUGGAAUCUGAACAUGACAUAGAAAUGGGCCAACUAAACCCUACUGAAGAACAGAAUCUCACCAAAUUCUUUGAAGAAGUAAAUGCAAUCAAGAUUGACAUGGAAGAAAUAACCAAUCUUCUUCGUGACCUUCAAGGCCUAAAUGAAGACUCAAAAUCCACUCACAGUACUAAAGUGCUUAAAGGAAUUAGAGAUAGAAUAAAUUCAGAUAUGGUCGCCAUUCUAAAAAAAGCCAAGAGUAUCAAGUCAAGAUUGGAAUCACUUGACAAGUCUAAUAAGGAGAAUAGAAGCUUAUCCAAGGCUUAUAAAGAAGGUAGCCCUAUUGAUAGAACCCGGGUUUCAGUGACCAAUGGCUUGAGAAUUAAAUUGAAAGACAUGAUGCAUGAUUUUCAAGAAUUGAGAGCAAAGAUCUUGAACGAUCAUAAAGAAGUGCUUCAAAGGAGUUAUUAUAAUGUGACUGGUGAACAACCGAGUGAGGAAUUGUUAGAGAAGAUGUUUGCAGGAGGAGGGCAAGGGAAGAUUUUUGAAGGGAAAGAAGAUUUGAUAAUGGAGAAUCAAGAAAGGCAUGAGGCUUUGAAGGAGAUACAAAGAAGCUUAACUGAGUUGCAUCGAGUUUUCCUUGAUAUGGCUGUUUUGGUAGAGACUCAAGGUGAUGAGAUCGAUAACAUUGAAGAGAACGUAGUUCGUGGUGCAAAUUACAUUAAUGGCGGUACCAAUGGGCUAUACUAUGCUAAGCAAAUGAAAAAGAAGAGAUACAACUGGGGUUGUUGGAUUGGUAUACUUUUGCUGAUUCUGUUGAUAAUUUUCGUAUCCAUUUUGGCUUCUUGAAGUAAAGUCGGGCAAUAUCUACAAGUAAUAGAGAUUUUCUCCUGCAAGAAUGAAGUUUUACACUGGUAAAUAGAAUUAAAUGUUUUUUCUGUCAUUUUGAGUUUUAAUGCAUUUUGAUGACUGUCUCGUAGUGUUUGUUUUUCUGUGUAAUUUGAUAUUUGGACAGAUUAGUUAGAGAGUGAGAGAUUAAUUUUUGUUGGAGAGUGUUCCUUUAUCACUUACUUUGAAAUAUCAAAGCUUGUUUGAGGUUA